AUGCCGUCUGUCUCCAACGUCCGCCCGCCACUCCGUCUCUCCGACGACCUAUUUUAUAAACAACAACAAUACCAACAACAACGACAAAACAAUCAUUACAAUAACGAACGACGAGUAACCACGGUUCUUCUCGUACCGGCUCGUCCCGGAAAAUCUGCGCCGCCUGUCGGUUUGCUUACCAAAACAGCGAGAACUUUCGUCCAAGACGGCGCCAGUACUGAAUAUGCAACGCAAGUGCUCGGCACGACCCUCGAUAACGGGCGGCUUUACGCGCGUAUAUUGUCGACCUCGAGUCGCGUUUUUUAUGAGAAGGAACCUCCGCCCGAGUCCGUCAGUCCUUUCGUCGUUUAUCCGUCAAGAGCGCCCCAGGACGAGUGGCAGCUGCGAGUCGAUCUCGAGAAUACGCCGGUCAAAAUCGCCAAAGAUCUUCUGGCUGGGAAUAAUUAUAACACCGAUGUAAAUGACCAUUCGAACGAUGGUGAAGAUAACGGCUCCGGUUCCGAUGCGAACGUACCCUCGGAACGCGAAAACGACAUAUUCAACAAGCGCGAACUCAACAUCGUCGAUAACCACAGAUUCAAGCCGGCCAAAGUACGAGCAGCUGAAAACUUACCGACUUACACCGUGAAACAGGAAUACAGCUUAGCCAAUGGACCAUCAGACAACGUUGAAAAUCAAUCCCCGCGAAGCUUCAGACCUAGGGUGCCCAAAAUCUUCAAACAUUCCAGUUCCCGCAUAACCACGACCAAAAAAGUUGAAUCGCGAGCUCUGGCAACUGUGACGUAUCACGGGUUUGCCGAUUUCACAACGAUAGUCGGAGAUACCGUAAUCGUAUUCUCACCCAGUACGUCACCAGCACCGGUUGGACGUGCAGCGACGACUAUCAAAGGAGACGCGACUCUGAGACCCGACGAUGGUAUUGGCAUUCUCAUACAACCAACCAGCGUUGUCCAUUCUCACGACAGAACAUCCAGGCCGGCACAGGAUCAGCCGAGAGACCAACUUUUGGAUGCGAUCAACGGAGGACGAAGUGACUCCUCUAAUGAAAAUUACAACGGUCUUCAACCGAGCAGACCGAGUGAAUUGGAGGGUGAAUCGUCAUCCAAAAUUACCGACCCCAUUCUUGUUCCGCUUGCCGAAAAUGGAUCCCCCAAGCCUACGGGUUUGCUGAAAACUCUCGAUUCUACAACGGCACUCGAUGGUACCACAACCAUUUACAAGAGUCUUAUUUAUGGCACUUACAUUGGCACGAAUUACGCCCAGGUCAUACACACGUCCUCAAACGUUUAUUUCUUCCCCGAUGAAGCCACUGUGUCGUACAAUUCUCCUGAUACAACUCUGGACUACUCAUCUGCGGAUACUGAACCUGAGGAACCUGAGAAGGAAACGACACUUCCAAUGCCGAAGCCGACAACGCCGAAACCAUCAACGAGGCCAAACAAGAUUAAGUCACAGGUUAAUGAAAUCACCACACCUUACAGAGAAACGACGGAAAGUAUAUUCACAACGUUGAAAGACAUACUGGCCAAUGCGAAAAAACGUUUAAGUACCACCACCGAAUCUCCCAGCAACGAAGAAUCAAACAUCGAUAGUGAAAUUACAAACGACAUUGCAACCGGCGAUCCACAGGGUCGCAGCAUUAAGGGAUCUUCACCGAAGAACAAUUUCGCUCAAGGCUCCAAAGACAAAGAAAACAACCAGCAAGAAGUUUCCUUCGCCACAAGACUACUACCGUCGACGGUAUACAAAACCUUCACCUACUUCACGACAUUUUUUGUGCCAGACGGUGACCGUACCACGACGUCCGUAAAGUCACGUGAAGUUGUCUCUUCCGAAGUCACUUACUUGACGGAAUUAAUUCUGCCAAGUGCCACCGUGGAACCGAGUCAAUCAACGAUACUGAAUCAAGAAAAAAACGGUCAAAAAGAAUCUACGACAUCUCGUAUUAUUACCACCACGGAAGAACCCGAAGAGGAACAAACGACGAAACAGGAUGAAGAGAUAGAGUUGAUUUUCAAAACUUUAUAUACGACGUACACAUAUCUGACAACGUUCUUCCAAGAGAGCACCUCAAGUAUAUCCAGUCGAGAAGUUGUAGAAACUAAUGUCGUGACACAAACAGUUGGACCGAACGGAAUUUCAGAAGGCGUAGCUGGCUUGUUCGACCGUGACGAAUCAGUUGUGAUAUUAGCGACAAGUGUAACCAUGAUGAACUUGCCAUCGGUUAGUUUUCAGCCAGGGGAAGAUCCUGAGGAGCAGGAACCGUUCACAACGGAAGCUACCGGAACUACACUAGACGAAACUACUGACAAUAUGUUGACUACAAUCCAGGACCAAGAAACGACGAUUAAUGAUUCAACAGACUCUACAACCUUCGACGAUGAAGAGAAUUCGUUCACAAAUUUGGAACCAAGCCCUACGCCCAGUUUGGCUACAGAAGUUCCGAAAGGACAGGUCAAGACGUACUUCACAACUUACACGUACUUUACAACUAUCUUCGUUGAUGACGAAACUGAAAUUGAGACGAGAACUGAAGUCUUCACAAACGUUGUCACGGAAGGAAUCCAACCUACAGCGGUUGCUCCAGUUCCCGUUGAGUCGAGUUCCGUGACUACACCCAAAUCCAAUUCUGCUGACAAGCCAGUACCUCCGCCUGAGAUUCUGGCUUAUUUAGAGGCUCUGCAGAGACAAAAGUCUCAGGAUGAAGCGCUGCAGCUGGCGAAGAAAGUUCAAGAAGAGAAACAACACGAAGCACCCAGUGCACAAGGAACAACGAUCAACGACUUCACAACUGAAGCCAUCUCUGAUGGUGACCUCGCUACUUACGACGAGAGGUACGUCACUGAAAAGACUUUUACAGAUAACGUACUCAACGCCCAGGUCACUCCAAACCCGCCGGUUGAAGGCGAAGUCAUCGGAUCAAUGAUCACUGAUGUUAUCUCAUCUUCGAGUUCCGGAGGGGGAACCGUCCUCGGUGUAAUGGACAAACGAAAUGCCGUUCCCGAGGAUCAGGAACUAUCCGAGUCGAAUCAUCACGAUGUAGAAUCAGCGCCAACCCUUUUAUUGCAAACAAGUUAUACAACCUUCACAUAUUUUACCACAAUGUACAAAGGCGAUGCAACUAACGUAGUCAGUCGAUUGGACACUGUAACCAAUGUCGUCACGGAAACAAUUCGACCCACUUCUGUAGUACCCGUCGAAACGAACACUCUUCCUGUCACCUAUUUCACCACUUUCACUUACUGGACCACCUUCUACAAAGGCGGUGAUACAGUGACGACCAGCAGGGAAGAAACGGUCAGCAACGUGGUGACACCGGGCGUUUCUCCGACACCAACUCUUGAGUUAGGCGUCAUUAUGACAUACCGACCUGAUGCACCACAGUCAACAAACGAUGAAAAUACUGAAGUGCCCAAGGAGUACAAAGUUGUAGCCGAUAAUGAAGUUACACUUUCUGAUUUGCUUCACGAAAAAUUGACGACCGAAAAAAUAGGCGUAGUCCCUCCUAAAGACAUUUUAACUCUACCGGAAUCUGAUAAGGUUGAGGCAUCAACUAUCUCACCAGAGCCAACAACGUUUUAUACAACGUUUACGUAUUUCACAACAUCCUAUAUUGGAAACGAGACCAUUCUGAACAGCAGGCUGGAAACCAUAACCAGUGUAGCUCUGCCAGAAACCACUGUGGGACAGGUACAGGCAACCGGAAGAGCAAUCGGUGGUGGUGAUGUAGCGAUCCAGACCCUUGAUGUGGACGAAAAACCUAAAGCAACAGUAAACGAAAAUGUACAACCUACUUCCAAGAGUGUAGAAGUUCCGAAAACUGGGUUAAUCUCAACAAUUCGAUCGAGCAAAAUCGCUGACGGCACAACGACCCAUUUUGCUACCGAUGUCUAUGGAACUUAUAUCGAUGGACUCUAUGCUCAAGUUGUCGAAAGUACUUCAAGGCUCGAGACGCCUUCGUUAUCAAGUUCAGCCACGCCUGUUCUUCCAACGGGUGUUCUUUCGCUCAACAAGGGUAGCAUUGUCGAUGCCGAUGAAGUCACUACGGUUUACUUCACAACGAAACAGAUCGGUACACUGAUCGAUGGUCUGUACGCUAAAGUGAUCGAAAGUACAUCAAGUACAAAGAUAGAUGCUGACAAAAAAGCAACCAUCGCACCUGUCCAAGGUCACAGAACAGGAUUGGUUCGGCUGAUUCAGGGCCACAUAGAAAACAAUGACGUAACAACGUUCUACCAAUCGAGAGUCAUCGGUACAAGUAUAGAUGGUAGAUAUGCUCAAAUAAUCGAGAGCACGUCGAGUUUUGCUGGAUCUACAUCAACGACUGGCAUUUCACCAACGUCAACUUUACCACCAAAUGCAGCGACAGGGAUUCCGGAAAUUUCACCAUCACCUGCAGUAAUCCAGUCAUCUUUGUCAGAAGAAGCAACAACGGAAUCAAUCGAUAACGAAGAAAAUGAUUCCUCGGAGCAAAAUGAGGAAGGCGAAGAUGGUGAUGAGGACGAAGAAGAUGAAGACGGCCAGAAGUCACGGAAAAAAUCUCGACUAACGUUUUCAAGCCGAAAACGAACUUUUACACCAGUUAUUCGUCCUUUCCUUUCACGUAGCCGACCAACUUUCAACCCUAAACGCAAAGGCGCCCAAGCUGCAACGACUAUCACCAGAACCGACAUAACGCCCACGAUAACUGCAACAUUAGCUGGUAAAGGAAACAGAUUCGCUUCGACAAGAGGCAGAGUCAGUUCGCCUAUUGGACCGUAUUCAUCGACAUUGAGCUCUUCGGGUUCGCGGCGAUUCUCAGGAAGAGGUAGAACUGCCUCAACCUUGAGUCCAUCCUCAACUUCCGGUUUUCCAAGUGGAAGCUCGCGAGGACGAGGUGCAUCAUCCAGAAUUGCACCGUCCUCUACCUUCCCCGCUAAUAGAAGAGGGCCUAGCAGCAUCAGAGGUUCGUCCAUUCGACCUGGACCUCGCGGAUCAAGUUCUGUCUAUCCUGGGGUGUCAUCAAGAUUCCGACCUGGAAUCCGACCGUCAUCCACAUUGAAUAAGAUACAACCGACUGCCAGACACGAAGAUCAGGAUGACGAAGCGAAUGAAUUCAGUGCGACAACAUUGACUACCGAAGAAACACUUCAUACGGAGUACGAGGAAAGUACCGAAACGGUGACUACGCCGCUCCAAACAACAACAGAAUCGUCCAGACGCUCUACCAAUCCCCUCCUCCGAUUCCGUAGACCUCUUAAUCUGUCGGCAGGACAGAGAACAGUGGUGACGCCACGAGUACCCGUCGCAACGACUACUGGACGGUCGAGAAACCUAGCCAGACAAACCAAUGUACCAACAGCCCUGAACCGAGGUUCCAUUCGUGCUGGACCUCGACCAACCCCUCCAAUAGUCUCACGUUCCCGUCCAGGUGGUCAGCUGUUUCCACCGCGUGGGCUUUUGAACAAGAAAUCGAACCACGACCCGAUUGAAGAACCUGUUGAAAACAAUGAAGAAUUUGAGGGCGAAGAGGAAGAAAAUUUCGAGGAUGAUCCAGUUGAAGAGAUCGCUGAUAAUGAUUACGAAGGUUCCGAAGAUGCAGCUACGACAACCAGAUACACGAUUAAUCGGCGUCAAGGCAAGGCUGCCAGUGCAUCCGUAAGCAUACGGCCUUUCGGUGCAAACAGAAGAGGCAGAAGAGUGAGGCGUCAAGCGAGUCAACUCCGUUCACUGACCAACCGUUUCCGGAAACCAGCAUCCAGUGGCGCAAAAGCUGAAGAUAGAUCUGACACUGAUGUUUCAUCGAGUAGAGAGGAAAGCAGCAGGUCCGUUGCACCAACCAAACAAUCUUCGAGAUACAGUGCCCGAGGUAGAUCUCUCACUUCGGCUAGGCCAAGUGGCAAUUCUCCAAGGACAAGUUCAGAAAAAAUUUCUUCAGAAUCUGGCGAAUCGUUGGUGAAGCCUCGUCUGAGAACCAGCCCGAGAGUUAAGCCGAGUCCAACAUCAAGCUCUGGCAGACAAUUUACUUUAAGAGAGAAGGACAGUUCCUCGAGACUGAGUUACAAAAGACCGGCUACAACGAGCUCGAGAAACAGAUCAACCGGAAAACUAGACACUGGAUUGAGAACACGACCCAGAGGGAAAAGCGGUUCAUCGCGAUCCACUGAAUCGCCAACGAAUCGUCGCUCGUCUACAAGACCGUCAUCAAGAUCAUCGGGCAGGAACAGCAACAGACGUCUACCGCAGAGAGGACGUGGUUCGUACGAGGACAUUAGGGAGUCGCCGUUCGUUCACAAAGACAAUGAUGGAACUAUAACGGUAACCCACUACGUGCCUACCGAAGUCACAAUACCAGUGGUCAAUAACGGAAUAACCGAACAGAAAAACAUCGUCACCGCACACCCCAGUACAGAAGUACUGGGUCCGGAUCAAUAUAGUACUGUUGUAGGUGGUAACGGUCGUCCGUUAGUGGUCAUAGUUAGCGAAUCUACAGGUUCGAAUGCUCAAGGUCAACUGGAAAUCACGAGAUUCCUAUUGCACGAGACUCCAACGACCAGAGUAUCUCAUACCCUGACCAGUCUAGGAGGUCGUAGAGCUUCCCAAUCGAUAAUCAUUCCCAGUACCGUCUGGUCAGUAGAAAAUGUAGUGUCAACCGUGCAGCCCUCACUGUCCAAUGAUAACGGGCCGCUUGCAAAUAUUCUACUAUCGCAAUUGUUGCUAGGUCAGUUGAAUCAACAGAAUCCGUUGCUCGGUGGUGCUCAGCCACAAGCGACACCAACGACUCAGUAUAACACCCGUACAACUUCUUACGUAACAACAAUCACGAAGCAUCAGAGUACGGUGAUCCCCCUGACGUUCCGGGGUAAGGAAAUUCUAACGACUUUAGUAGAUUCGAGCACAGAUGUUGUAACAGCGACGGAAUUCAUUACUGAUACAGUUGUUGUAACACCAACUGUUGCAUUGCCAGCGGCUGGUCUCAACUCCUUGCUAAUGCUUCUUCAACAACCUCAACAGCAGCAACAAGUUCAACAUCCACUAUUGGACCCGUUAUUCGCCGCAGCGCCUUUGCUGACUCAAAGUAACACGUUGCCCGGUGAAGUUGAAAGACGUAACCAGCCAGCUGAUUUCGAUUAUAAACCUAACUAUGACGACUCCGAGGAAGAAGUCGCCGUGCAGAAAUCAGCGAGAUCACGCGUACGCACAAGUAACCAGUACAACGAUCACAAAAAAGCCGAGAAAGCUGCACCAGCCGAAUCGAGUGUCGUUACACUUUAUGUAUCGGGUAGAAGGCCUGGUGAAUUCAGUACUGUUCUUUCGACCGUCAAAAUAGGCGAAGAAGCAACCAUCUCAAGGAGACGCAGAGACAAUCACCAAGUUCAAGCCUCAGCAGCGCCGUCGCUUCAUGCAGUAUCCGAAAAUCUAUCGCACCUUACCGGAAGCGAGGAGCUCAUUAACGCACACGCGCCGACUCAGAGUCUCGAGAGCGUAGUGGGUGACGUAGGACGGCACAUCUCCACGUCUAUCCACGCCUGA